AGGAUAGCCCCAGGGAGAUAGACGUACAGGCAUUUCUAAAGGAGGCCAUUAUUAUGAAAGAUUUCGAUCAUCCGAAUGUUUUAAAUCUCAUAGGUAUAUGUCUAGGCAUGGAUGAUAUGCCACUUGUGGUACUGCCUUAUAUGAAGCAUGGUGACUUGUUGUCAUACAUUAGAAAUGAAGAAAAUGCACCUACUAUAAAGGAUCUGAUCACAUUUGGUAUAGAUAUUGCUGAGGGAAUGGCCUAUCUUUCUGAACUAAAAUUUGUACAUAGAGACUUAGCUUGUAGAAACUGCAUGUUAGACAAUGAUUUUAGAGUGAAGGUAGCCGACUUUGGACUUUCUCGUGACAUUUACGAGAAAGAUUACUAUGCAUCUGAGAGCAAGAAAACAAUGUUGCCAGUCAAAUGGAUGGCACUGGAGUGUCUAGAAAAAGGAAAAUAUUCCUCCAAGUCUGAUGUUUGGUCCUUUGGUAUUGUUUUGUGGGAGCUUUUGACGAGGGGAGUAAAUCCAUAUCCCGAGGUGGAUAACUGGGACAUUGUGCGGUACCUGAAACAUGGUCGAAGAAUGCCUCAACCACAGUACUGUCCAGAUCAACUGUACGCAGUAAUGAGGAAAUGCUGGCAUCCGAGUCCGAAAUCUCGUCCAGAAUUUUCCCAAUUAGCUCAUGAGAUAAAAGACAUGAUUACAAUGCUAGAGCAAGCUAUGAAACAGGGUCAGCACACAACAGAUAUACAAUCAACAUAUGUUAAUAUGGAAAAUUGUACAGAUUAUCACUACACAGAUGAAUUGAUGUUGAAAGGAUCAGAGGAUUGUGAUUCUGAUUCUGAAACUACGUCCCCAACUUCUCCGACCUCACCUAUAUCCAUACCCUUACAGGGUGCAUCAGGUUCAUCCAUACCCUCACAGGGAGCCUCAGGUACGUUGAAACCUUUGAAUAGUGCAUUUGGUAUAUCAAUACCCUUAAAGGGUGCAUCAUGUACAUCCAUACCGACAUAG